UUCAGCGGCUGAUAAGUCCGCAGUUCCCGUUCAGCCGCCGGCGCGUCCGGAAUACUCCUCCUUCUUCUGGGCUCUGUCUCUCUGUGUGACUCUGCGUGUCUCAGUCUCAGUCUCCGUCACCGUCUCCGUCCCGGGUUUUUCUUCCGCCUCCUGCUCUUCGCCAAAGUAACGGCAGCUUGCGUGCUGCGGCGAUUAUUUAAUUUACUGUCAUUCGACGGGCCGCCGCGAGUGAACGGAACAGAAGGCGGGAAAAUCAUAUACACAGUCGCAUAUUCGGUGUGUUGAUCCGUAGAUGUUAUACAAUAAUGCCGGGAGUAGUAACCAUCUGACCCAUUCAAAGGUCAAGCCCGCCGAUACGCGAUAGUCCCGGGAUUCGAUCCAAGUGCAAACUCCGAGCGAGAGAGAGUUCCCUUAUCACAUUUGUACUGACAAAGUAACUAACAAGUGGAACAGCGAACCGAACGUAUUACAAAUAGCAUAUUGGGAAAUAUUCAAAAAACAAAUCAACAAAAUGGGUUGCAUGCGCUAUCUGUCCGACGCUCAUUUGCGGGGCUUCGAGCGCUACAAGUACAGCAGCAUAGACACGAGCUUCCUCAGUGUCUAUGUGAUGCACCCUUUCUGGAACUAUUGCGUGAAGUUUGUUCCGAAAUGGCUGGCACCCAACGUACUGACCUUCGUGGGCUUUCUCAUGACUGUGAUCAACUUUAUCCUGAUAGCCCACUACGAUUGGCGCUUUGAGGCGGCCAACGAUUUGGAGAAGGGCAACACGGUACCAGCCUGGGUCUGGACAGUGGCGGCCAUCAAUAUACUGAUUUACUAUAAUUUGGAUGGCAUGGAUGGCAAGCAGGCACGAAGGACUGGGACGAGUGGACCCUUGGGGGAACUCUUUGAUCAUGGAUUGGACUCCUAUUCGGCGGCUCUGAUACCCAUCUAUAUAUUCUCCCUAUUCGGGACGGCAGAUCUGCCACCAAUCCGUAUGUUCUUUGUGAUUUGGAACGUGUUCCUCAACUUCUACUUGACGCAUGUGGAGAAGUACAACACGGGAGUUAUGUUUCUGCCCUGGGGCUAUGACUUCACCAUGUGGGGCGUCAGUGGCAUGCUGUUUGUGGCCACUGUUUUUGGUCCAGGGAUCUACCGCUUCAGCAUGUAUGGUUUCACGGUCGCCAAUGUGUUCGAGGUGGUUCUGAUUGGCUCCGGUAUGGUCAGCAGUCAUCCCAUUAUAGCUAGAAAUAUCUAUCUGUCUUAUAAAAACAAGACGGGCAAAAUGCGACCCAUGUGGGAGAUGCUGCGCCCCUUCUUUGCCUUUCUUUGGCUCUUUGUGAUUACUUUGAUCUGGUCGUUCUUCUCAAGGAAUGAUGUGAUUAACCAUUCGCCGCGUAUACUUUGGAUUCUCUACGGAACAAUAUUCUCCAAUAUUGCUUGCCGCCUGAUUGUGGCCCAAAUGUCGGACACGCGAUGCGAUGGCUUCAAUGUGCUGAUGUGGCCCCUGGCCGCCACCGUUGCUGUGUGCUGUUUCCCCUACUACGAGACAGUGUUCGAAACGGAUCUCCCCUUGGACAUUGAGCUAUGGAUACUCUAUGGUCUGACCAUAUUUUCAACGUUAGCUCACUGGCACUAUGGCUUUGGAGUGGUAUCUGAGAUGUGCGAUCACUUCCACAUUCGCUGCUUCAAAAUCACCAAACCGUCAACCGCCAACGCCGAACAGGAGCUGCAGGAGGUUCAAGUUGAGGUGGAACCUGUAGGUGUCGAUGAGGCUGAAGCUAAGCCUGAGGCUGAGGCUGAGGCUGACACGGAGCCGGCCAAGCCCACGGAAAACGGGGAAGGAGUUUAGCUUAUCGGCGCGAUAACUCAACCGUUUUUGUGUAUGUUUAAACUUAAAAACUCAUGUUACCUAAGUUGUUAAGUCAGAGUCGAAAAGUGUGUGUUUAGGCUUAAGUUCGAAAUUGAAAAACUAAAUAUAUAUAUUUGUUAAUGUUAAAGAA